AUGAUUCAAUCAGCUGGUUUUGAACCUGUUGCCUACCAGCGUCUUGGUCUGAAGCCCUCCCAACGAGCCCUCUGGAAUCACUGUAUCCUAAUGGGUAUGGAGGAACUUUGCCUCACCCUCGAGACUAGCGGGACAAACACCCCACAGGCACUAGCGAUGCGACAAAGUCUGGAGCAGCUGAGUGAUGAGUUUGAAAUUGGUGCCAGUAUAGAUGUGCAGUGGUUUUAUAUGGUGGGCAGACGAGCUCCCAACAUUUGA